CAGACGUCAGCUCAAGACCAAGUUACCUUGCAACUUGGACUCGAACUGCUUGAACUUUAAAGUUUGAAGGUACAUCUACUUGCUUUAUUUCAUUGAUGGUUUUAGGUUUUCUCCGUGAAGAGUUUGGAGAACAUUUCAUUAUUCAACUCCAGUUUAACGCCUUUUGCGUUUACCGAUAACUUACAAUGAAAGCAAGAUUUACAAGCAUCGAUAUCGUCGCAGCUAUAGCUGAAAUCAACCUAAAAUUGAUUGGAAUGCGAGUCAAUCAAAUUUAUGAUGUUGACCACAAAACAUAUUUGAUUAGACUUCAUCGUUCUGAAGAAAAGGCAAUGCUACUCUUUGAAUCAGGAAUCAGGAUUCAUACUACCGAUUUCCAGUGGCCAAAAAAUCCAGCUCCUUCAGGUUUCUCAAUGAAGCUAAGAAAACAUCUGAACAAUAAGAGACUUGAAAUGGCAUCCCAAGUUGGUCAAGACAGAAUCAUAAAUCUUCAGUUUGGAACAGGAGAAGCUGCAUAUCAUGUUAUAAUUGAGCUGUAUGAUAGAGGCAACAUUGUGUUGUGUGAUUUUGAGUAUGUGAUUUUGAACAUCCUAAGACCACGGACUGAAGGGGAGGAUGUAAGAUUUCUUGUGAAAGAAAAGUACCCUCUAGAAGGCACUUCUGUAGAAGAUUGUAUCACCAACACAGAGGUCUUAGAAAAUUGGUUGAGUUCAGCAAAAACUGGUGACAAUUUAAAGAAAAUACUGGUUCCAAAAACAAAUUACGGGCCAGCCCUGAUUGAACAUGUGCUACUAGAGUUUGGUUUUCCGCCCAAUAGUCGCAUUGGAACACAGUUUGAUAUCACUCGAGAUCUUCCUAAAUUGCAUUUAGCGUUAAAGUCUGCCGAUAGCAUAAUGCAAAAUAUAGGAAGCAUUUCCAAGGGAAUUGUUGUUCAAAAGCGAGAAAGCAGACCAACACCUUCAGGAGAAAACCAAGAAUUUUUCACUAAUCAAGAGUUUCACCCUAUGCUAUACAAGCAACAUGAAUCACAUCCGUUCAUUGAGUUGCCUAGCUUUAAUCAAGCAGUUGAUGAAUUCUUUUCAAAAAUGGAAAGCCAAAAGCUUGACCUUAAAGUAGUUCAACAGGAACGAGAUGCUAUGAAAAAGCUUGCUAAUAUCCGACAAGACCAUGAGAAGCGAUUAGCUAAUCUUCAUCACGUUCAGGAAAUAGACGAACAAAAAGCUCGUUUGAUAGAGAUGAACCAACCUUUAAUUGAUCACGCUAUCCAGGUUGUUCGUUCAGCUUUGGCUAAUCAGGUUUCGUGGAAGGAAAUCGACGAAUUGGUAGAAGAAGCUACUCGUAAAGGCGACCCUGUUGCAAAAAUUAUAAAGAAAUUAAAGUUAUCUACAAAUCACAUCAGUCUUAUGUUGAGCCACCCAUAUGAAGAGCAAGAUUCUGACUCGGAAUCGGACGAAUCCUACAAGCCGCAACUAGUAGACAUCGACCUAGAUUUAACUGCUUUUGCAAAUGCCCGCAAAUACUUUGGCGAGAAGAAAAAUGCGUCAAAAAAAGAGCAAAAAACAAUUGAAUCGUCUCAUAAAGCUUUCAAAUCAGCAGAGAAGAAAGCUAAACAGACUUUAAAAGAAUCUGCAGCCAUAGCGACAAUCCGAAAAGCCCGCAAAGUUCUUUGGUUUGAAAAAUUCUAUUGGUUCAUCAGCUCGGAUAACUACAUUGUUGUGGGCGGUCGCGAUCGCCAACAAAACGAACUGUUGGUCAAACGUUAUUUGAAAGCCGGAGAUAUUUACGUCCAUGCUGACUUGCACGGAGCGUCCAGUGUCAUCGUUAAAAACGUUUCAGCAUCUAAUCGUAUUCCACCACGCACUUUGCAAGAAGCCGGAUUGAUGGCAGUUGGCUACAGUGCUGCAUGGGAAGCCAAAGUAAUGACUACAGCUUGGUGGGUCGAGAGUUCGCAAGUCAGCAAGACUGCUCCAUCAGGAGAAUAUUUAACAACUGGAUCUUUCAUGAUUAGAGGAAAGAAAAAUUUUCUCCCUCCUUUACCUAUCGUUCUUGGAUUCGGACUUCUUUUUCGGUUGGAAGAAAGCAGUAUUGCAAGGCAUUUGAAUGAUCGGAAGCCUAAAGCACUGGAUGAUGAAUCACCUAUUUUGGACACCGAAACCGUGGAUGAGCCUGUUUCGUGUUCAAGUGACUCUGAAAGUGAUGGAGAUGAAAAAAAUGAUUAUGCUAAAUCGAUAGAAAAUGCCCGUGCUUUGCUUAGUUUAUCUCGUGUUACCGACAACGCAGAAGUGGCCUUCCCCGAUACUGUUGUAGAUAUGAGCACAUCAUCAGGAAACCGUAACAAAAUUAAAGCUCUGAACGAAGAUGAAUCGUACACCAUAAUUGGAGAUGUACUGACCAUAAACAAAACUCAAAGAGAUGGCAAAGUAAAAGAGGAACCAAUCAAGUUAAACCAGUCGUCUAAGAAAAUGACAGAGUCGAUUACUCAAGAAACGGAAGGUGAGAAAAAUCAACAACCGACUUCGAAGAGGGGACAAAAAGGAAAAAUGAAGAAAAUAAAAGAAAAGUACAAGGAUCAGGAUGAAGAUGAGAGACAACUCAAGAUGGAGCUUUUACAGUCCGCUGGUCCCGCUAGAGACAAAGGAAAGAACAAGAACAAGAAAAAAGGAAAGAAUACUGAAACGAAGAAAGUUGUCUUCUCAAAGUCUACCGUCCCAGGAUUGAAAAAGGAAGAAAUUCUCGUAGAGACAGAGGCAGUUCCAGUAAAAAGUGAUGAAACGCCAGCCACUCAACAGCCAGCAACGGAUGGGCAGUUGGCAACAGAACAGAUCGAGGAAAAUGCUGAAGGAGACGGCAUAGAUGAGGAUGUUGAUCAGCCCGUUAUCACAGAUACUGAUAUUUUGAACGCAAUGACAGGAAUUCCUCAACUUGAAGAUGAAUUACUUUAUGUCAUCCCGGUUGUAGCACCGUAUUCUACUUUGAUGCCCUACAAAUAUAAGGUAAAAAUCCUACCAGGACAAACUAAACGAGGAAAGGCAUCCAAGACGGCAAUGUCGGUUUUCUUAUCGGAUAAAACUGCGACCAACAGGGAAAGGGAUCUUAUUAAGAGCUUGAAAGAUCAAGAUGUUGGACGUAAUUUCCCUGGGCGAGUCAAGUUAGCUAUACCCCAGUCUCUGAAGCCAAAAAAAUAAUUGUUACAAUGGGAAAUUCACUUUUCAAAAAGAAUACACAUUUUGUCAUUUUGA